GGAGAAACAUCAAUGAUGAGAGACAAUCAUUGAUUGGCUGCCUCCUGCAUGCCCCACACUGGGGAUUGAGCCCACCACCCGGGCAUGUGCCCUUCACCCGGGGCCCCUUCUGUCCAUAGGUCGAUGCUCUAUCCACUGAGCCAAACCGGCUAGGGCAGGGCUUCCCUUUUAACAGAACAAGGUACCCCUAUGCAGACCUUCUGUCUCAAGACCCCUACGAGCCAGGGGGAUGGCCUCAGAUGGGGAAGAUUAAAGAUAGGUAAAUACCUGAGCCGGCUUCCUGUUCAGGCCUUGAGGAUGGCUCGGCCUCUGGAGCAGGCGGUGGCUGCCAUCGUGUGCACCUUCCAGGAAUAUGCGGGGCGCUGCGGGGACAAGCACAAGCUCUGCCAGGCAGAGCUCAAGGAGCUGCUGCAGAAGGAGCUGCCCACCUGGCUGCCGACGGAGUUGCGGGAGUGUGACUACAAUAAAUUCAUGAGUCUUCUGGACACCAACAAGGAUUGCGAGGUGGACUUUGUGGAGUAUGUGCGCUCCCUUGCCUGCCUCUGCACCUACUGCCAUGACUACUUCAAGGAUUGUCCCCCGGAGCCCCCCUGCUCCCAGUAGCCUCAGCUCCAGCACUGCCCCCACAGGUCUGCUCCGAUCUGCUCCAUCUCUGCGCUGAGGUGGCCCUGGGCAUGACCCCCACACACUCCUCCCCGCUCCUCUGCACCCUCUCCAUCAGGAGACCCCUAGCGUUGCCCCUGAUAGCUUAACCCAUUUUGCUCACGGUGGGGGGCACAUGAAGGGACCUGUUCCCAGGACCACGGCGGGUGGUAUGCAGAGCAGCCACCCGCUGCCUCCCCACAGAGGCCCCAGACGGGCGGAGGUGGGGAUCUGCUCUGAGGCUGCCCAGGCCCGGCAGAGUGUGCAUGAAUGAAACCACAACAGGAACAGGCCUGCUUAACUCCUAAUAAAGAACUGGUGUCGCUUG